AAUCAGCACAACAGCCUGCAGCUACGUCGGUUAACAAAGACUUUGCCCUUGGGACUGAACUGUUAGAGAAUAGGGAAACACCAGAUGCUGCACCAAGGAAAACAAGUACACCAGCACCUGAAGCUGCAUCUGGUAAUGCACAAAAAACGUCUCAGAAAAAAGGUGAAAAGAAGAGGGAGAAAUUUCCAAGAAACAUGUACGCCAUCUUGGAGGACUCAAUAUCAAAAUCCCAGUAUGCCAGCCUACUGCAUGACUUUGUGGAGUCCGAAUUCUUUGUAAUAGAUGGAGAUUCAUUAAUGGUGGAGUACAUAGAUGACAUAACUUUUUGUGAUGGACAGAAUCUAUAUUUCUUUUACUUGAUUGAAUGCUGCUUAAUGGAGCUGCAGCAGAAGGGAGCAAAGUUUGUGAUUGUGUUUUUUCAGGAUGCAGAACAUCUCUGGUCAAACGAUCCCUAUUUGUAUUCACUUCGAGUAGCUCUAGUUCUUCAUCUUCAACACAACACCAAGAUUUCAGUCUACAGCGAGUUUUCCAGCUUUCUGUCAUGUGAAUGGAAGAUGUUUUUGAAGGAGCACUAUCCGUACUUUAUUAUGAUUUCUGAUCAAGGUCUCCAAAAGGAGGAGAAGGGCAGUAGACUGUUUGAAGAAUACUUCAAUAUGUUUAUCAGCCAUACACUUGGAUCAGGAAUAAAUGUUGCACUCACCUCAGGAGAUAUAUGGGACACGCUGCGUGUUUAUGGAUACCAUGUACAGAGUAGUUUUUAUAUGCGUCAGAUAAUCAAACGUAAUGAAGAAAAAAUUAACAUUUUGUACAAAAAGUUACUUCAGCGCCUGUCAAGUUUAUCUUGCGCUGACUUUGCAUUACUAGCGACUGCUGAAAAGGAGGUUGGUUAUGCAUUCCUCAUGCUGAAGAGUUUGUGGCCAGAGGGAUCUGAUGUCAGGCGAGUGGUCUGUGUUGUAACCUGUUCAGCGAUACUAAGGUGGUACAAUAGAAUCUUGACUACAGAAGCAUCCCUGGAUGUUGUGAAAGAAGAGUCAGAUCCAAAAUGUCAAAAGAAUGAAGGACCAUUGUCUUUGGAAGAGGUUGCUGAUGUUUGCAGAAUGUACUGUCUUUGUGAGGUUUUCCUGUUUUCAUUGUCAUUGUCAAGUCGAGCUAAGAUGAAAACAGUAAGUGGCGAAUGGAAUAAACAACUCGAUGUACAACUUCAGAUAAGAAGAUUUUUUGAAUACGUCACUCUGAAGACAUUAGGAUCUAUGGAAGGAUUGUGGCAAGUUGAUUUAAAAUACCUGCCUGACUUAAGUGAUGAAGUGCUGCUGACAAACAUUGCUCUUCAUUGUGAAAAAGAAAGCUGCACAGACAUAGAGCUGGGAGAAGAAAUUGCAAAAGAGUAUAGACAGCUCUGGGAUAUAAUAUCAAGAUUAGCGCAUGAAUGUAAAAUUGGAGAUGCAUUUCCAGUGAGGCGUACAUCCAGAUGUCUUGUACAGCCAGAUGAACCCAAAAAAGACGAAUGUAAACAGAAGAUUACCAGCAUUGGCCUCAUAAAGGUGAAAUCCCGCUUGGUGGAACGGUAUGCAGGAGAUGUUUUGAAAGAUCUUCCAGUAUUAAGCAGUGAUGAUCCUGUGUUUAAAGCUAUCACAAAAUUGAAAGAUUAUGAUGAACUACACCACUGGCAUAGUGGAAAACCUCUCAGUGAUGACUAUCAACGAACAAGAGAUUUAUUUGAAACAGAGAAUAAUUCAAAGGACAUUAAUGUAUUCCUAAAGAAGAGGCGGUAUUUAUUCCAUGUUAAAUUGUGGGGAGAGUCACUUGAGGGCAACAUUACAAAGCAAAUCACAACAACUAAAGGAAACGCAAUGUCAAGUAGCAGAUCUGCCAGAGAAAUGAACCAAUCAAAACAGCAACCGAAGACAAGAGGAGAAAUGAUCACAGAAGAACACAUGAGGAAGGUGAAAGCAGAACUGGAGCAAGCUGAACUUAGAAAGUGGGAAAGAAUUUCAGCAAGAUUCAGUAAAGAAAUUAUAAUGAAUCUUAGCAGUGGAAUACGAACCCUCGAAUCAUUUAUCAAGAAUUGUCCAAGUGAAUCAGUGAAACUGUCCGCAGAAAUGCUUGGACUGGAGACUUGCUUUGAACUUUGGGUAGAACUUUGCUCAAAAACAGAAAACUCAGACCUCGAAGAAACAGACUCUACAACUCCUUCAUCUUCUCAGACUGAGACUAAAAAAUCAGCAAAAAAGAAAGAGAAAGCUCAGACUAAGACUGAAAAGUCAGCAAAAAAGAAAAAGAAAAACAAAGAAAGAAAAAUGAAUACAGCCAUUGAAAUUAUGAGAAGAGUCCAUGCUGUUAUCAGCAAUUACCAGGAACAGCUUACAAAAAAACAGAAGAAAAAAAUUGCCCGUUUACUUGCGUUUCUGGGAUUUAAUAACUUAGCCAUUCCACUUUCAAAGUUAUCCGAAAAGAAAGGAGACAAUGAGGACUGCAGCGAUUCUAUGUAUGCCAUUGGUAUGGGAGCUGCACGCUUUCAGUUGCAAUACAUGGGUCACUAUUUACAAAGAGAUGAGAGAAAAGAUCCUGACCCAAGGGUCCAGCACUUUAUUCCAGACACUUGGCAGCGUGAGCUUUUAGAUGCAGUUGACAACAAUGAAUCUGCAGUAAUAGUUGCUCCGACUUCAUCUGGGAAAACAUAUGCAUCAUAUUACUGCAUGGAGAAAGUCCUGAGAGAAAGUGAUGAUGGAGUUCUGGUAUAUGUUGCUCCUACCAAGGCUCUUGUGAAUCAGGUAAUGGCAACUGUUUACAACCGUUUCCAGAAAAACAUGCCUGAUGGAAUGGAAAUUUGUGGGAUAUUUACAAGAGAUUAUCGAUUUGAUGCACUGAAUUGCCAGGUACUUGUAACAGUACCCCAGUGCUUGGAAAUUUUGUUGCUGUCCCCUCAUCGACAAGAGUGGGUCAAGAAAAUAAGAUACAUCAUAUUUGACGAGGUUCAUUGCCUUGGUGGAGAAAUUGGUGCUGAAGUGUGGGAACAUUUGCUGGUAAUGAUUCGUUGCCCAUUUUUGGCUCUCUCAGCAACAAUCAGCAACCCUGAAGACCUGACAGAGUGGCUAAAUGUAGUGCGCAGAUACUGGAGAGAAGAAGAGCUUUCAAUGGAAAGUUCGUUUGCUUCAAGAGCACGCAAGAAGAGGAAGUCAUACAGGGUCAUACUAGUAACUUUCAGUGAGCGAUACAAUGAUCUGGAAAAGAGCAUAUGCACUCCAGGAAGCAACGACUUUGACUUCAGUUACUAUCACCCAUGUGCUGCUCUUACCGUAAAACACAUUAAGGAACAUGGUCUUCCUUCAGACCUUUCUCUAUCUCCCAAAGAAUGUGUCAUGCUUUAUGACAGCAUGUCCAGCGUUUGGAAAACAUGGCCUAGAGCAAAUGAACUGGAUCCAGAAGAAUUCAGUUAUUUUAAGAACAAAAUUGUCAUUCGAAGAACUGAUGCCAGACAAUAUGAAGAAGAACUUAAAAAAGAACUGGUUAACUGGAUCACACAGGAUCAUGAGGAUGAGGUUGGUGCUGUAUUAAAAGCACUGAAGCCAGAUAUUAAAGAUAUCACCACGCAGGAAUAUGAUGACAUGUUUCCACGUUUUGUUGAAGAAUUGCAUAAAAUGGAUAAGUUACCUGCCAUAUUUUUCCAAUUCAAUAUCAAUAGAGUAGAAAGAUUUGCUGAAAAUACAUGGCUACAUCUGAAAACUAAAGAACUAAGAAGAAAGUUUGUUAAUGGAGAAAAAGAAAGCAGUCAAUAUGCGAAUACCCUACAACUACCAAUGGAUUAUGAGACUUUCAAGACCAUCUUUAUAAGACAACAAAAUGAAAAUCCGCUCGUGUCUGAAGCAAAAAAUAACAAUUUAAUGAAACAGCUUGAAGAACUUGAGAAAAUUCUUCCAGACUGUACAUAUGCCAAUACACGAUCUGUGGAGAAAAAGAUACUACAAUACAUAUGUGAAACAGCAAACAUAAAUUGGCUUUUGAUGAGAGGUAUCGGGUGUCACCAUGCUUCCAUGAAUUUAAAAGACAGAAGAGUUGUUGAGAUGCUGUUUAGGAGGGGAUUUGUCAAGGUGGUAACAGCAACUGGAUCACUUGCUUUAGGCAUUAAUAUGCCUUGUAAAUCUGUCGUAUUUGUUGACGAUUCACUUUACCUGGAUGCAAUAAAUUAUAGGCAGAUGUCUGGACGUGCUGGAAGAAGAGGGCAAGAUCUCAUAGGCAGUGUCUACUUUUACAACAUCCCUCAACCCAAAAUAGAAAGGCUUAUCAGAGCAAAUGUACCUAAACUAAAAGGCCAGUUUCCGUUAAGCAUCACUCUUAUUCUGCGUCUUAUGCUGCUGGGUGCAAAAGCUGAUGAUAUUGCAGAUGCUGAAGCAAAGUCCUUGUCUGUGCUGAAGCAUUCACUGUUGACCUUCAAUCAACCAAAGAAAAUUGACAUGUUAAAGAAGUAUUUCCUGUUUUCUUUGCAGUUUCUUGUUGGAGAGGGAUAUUUGGAUCAAAAUGGCAUCCCUCAAGGAUUUGCUGGUCUAGUCAGCCACCUACACUAUCAUGAACCUUCAAAUUUCAUGUUUGUCAACUUCUUGGUGAAAGGGCUUUUUCACAAAAUCUGUAAGCCAAUACCUUCCUGGAAAACAGGUGACAGGAAACGCUUUUCUGAAAAUGUGAUGACGGAUUUAGUACUAGUUUUAGCAAACCUUUUUGGAAGAAAGGUUUUUCGAUUAAAAGAUAAGAAAAUAUUGGGACCAUUCGAGCAAUCAACACUGCUUAUUAUUUUAUUUGCUGUUAUUCUUAAGAGAAAAUUUGCAUUUUCAGGUGUAGAGCAUUGGGAAUCCAGUUUUGCAUCACAUCUAAUGGCCUCUAAUAAGGAAAUAGAAGCAAUAUCACCUUUUGCAGCACUUUCUGGAAACACCAACAAUGAUCUACUAGAUUCAUGCAAAACUGAUAGCAUUAUUUUACAUACCAUUGGCUUCCACAUGCACAAUAUCCCUUGGUUUCAGAUGAAGAUGACUGAUCACCAAGGAAGAAAAAUGCCAUACAAUGCGUAUGCUCUUGACUUCUAUAAACAUGGUUCACUGGAUGCAAUUACAGAUGACAAUGAAAUCAACCGAGGAGAAGCCUACAACCUUCUUAGAGACUUUUCACUCACCAUUUCAGCAAUCAGUGUCUCCCUAUGUGAACUGUGUGAAAAUGAAUAUGAUGAUGUUGUGCUGGCUUUUGAGCAACUGAGCAGAAGCUACCGAGAAAAAUUUGCGAGCAUUCCUUACUAAGAACAUAAGUACCUCCCCGAAGGAUACCACAACAACCAAAGGGACAUGGUGCAAAAAUAGAGAGAACCUGUGGCAAGCUGUGAAAGUACAGUAUUCCUGCACCUAAAAGUCAAAUCAUUAUGUUGCUGCCUGAAGUCUUUAUGAAGUAUGUAGAAAUGGAACUGUAGACGUACAGUUUGCUUGUAAUUUUCGACUGCCCAGCAUUUAAUGGCUUUAAAUUCUAAUUGAAAAUAAUGUAAAGUAUGUCACUGUACCAGUGAAACAUCUUUGUUUUUAAAAUUAAAUAUCAAUAACAGUUCCUGGUAACAUUUCCAAAGUAUGUAAUGUAUGUAUUAUACUUAAAUUCCUUAUAGUUUUCAUAAUGGAGAUUGCAUACAUUUUCAGUAUUUUCACACAUUACUACAUUCUCAUUUUAUGCUGCGGUGGUACGGCGGUAGCGUUGUUACCUCACAGCAAGAGGUUCUCCUGUUCGAUUCUCAGCUGGGU